UGCUGUGUUUGUGUCGUGUGCCGCAGGCGACGGCUGAAGCUAAUAACCUGGCCGCUGUAGCAGGAGCGAAAGACUCGUACAGCAGGAGCAUGGAGCAGGUGUGCGGUGGAGACAGGCCCUACAUGUCUCCGGCGGAUCUGGAGCGCAGUCACGAGGAGCUGAAGCAGAGCUGUGUGCGUCAGUUCCGCGGCGUGAAGAAGAUGGGCGGCGAGGAGUUCUGCCUCCGCUAUCAGGAGCAGCUGGAGCAGGAGAUCGACGAGGCCUACGCCAGCUUCCUCAAACACAACGACGGGAAGAACAUUUUCUUCGCGGCGCGCACGCCGGCCACGCUGUUCGCCGUGAUGUUCGUCAUGUACGUGGCGUCGGUGGUGACGGGCUUCGUGGGUCUGAGCCCUGCGGCGGCGCUGUGUAACCUGCUGAUGGGCCUGGCGCUGCUCUCGCUCUGCGUCUGGGUCUAUGUCAGAUACUCCGGGGAGUUCAGAGAGCUGGGCUGCUUCAUCGACCGGCUGGCAGAAACCCUGUGGGAGCAGAGGACGCCGCGGAAGGUCUUUUCCAAACUGUUCGAGGUUGCGCGGAGCAAAGUGACGCAGAGACAGAGACUGUCCUCAAACAACAACAUCAAGAAGAGGAACUAGCCUCACAUUAGCGCCGAGGAUUCUGGGGUUUCACGGGCUCUUUCACCAGGUGUCCUCUUUCUCAUGUCCUUUCUUCUGUUCGGACUCGCUGACGUCUCUGUCCUCCGCCGGACGCUCCGCUAGAGGACCUAGUUGAGAACGCUGAACUGAACCAAUGAUUCCACCGUCUCUCUGCUGUACAGACGAACUUCCUGUGCUUCAUCAUUCCUUUCAUCCAGACGAGGGUUUUUAAGCUGCUCACUGCAGGGCAUGACGUGCGAGAUAAACGUGUGUGACUCACGCUUCCACACACUUCCUCUGUAGCAGGAGAAAACACGGAUUCAUCUUCAUCUGCAGGAAUGAUGCUGUGAUUCCUGUCCAUGCUGGAGAGAAAAACACACACACACACACACUCAC